CUCAAACGAUCAAGAAACAAAGGGGAAAACAUGUGCAAAUAUCGAGUCAUCACUAGAUAAUUUCCGAGCCAAAGAUUGUAGCUUUUUGAAUAUUGGAAAGCGAAAUAGGGAAACCUAGAAAUCCCUAUAGAAAAAUGCAGCAGUAAUAUCUCAACGAAAAUGGCAUGAAGGUAUGUGAAUGGAUUCUAGAGAAUGGCCCGUGGUUUGACUUCAAUAAUCUGUUAUAUCUUCGCCCAUGGACUCCGGAAAUUAGUUUUGAAGAUCUAGGGCGGAAGGCUCUGCCAAUCUGGGUGCAUCUUGAUACUGUUCCAUUGGAAUACAAUGAUUAUCAAGGUCUGAGUCAUAUUGCUAGCUGGAUUGGGGUUCCAUUGGGCGUUGAUCACACUACAAGGAUGGGGGAUAGACACGGGUUCGCAAAGGUACUGGUGGAGCUUACCGUUGAGAGUGAGUGCCCUAAUCAUGUGUUGCUCUGGCCAGAUGACGAUUCUUCACUGCGAAUUGGAAUUACCUAUUGCAAUUUGCCUCAUGUUUGUCAUAAAUAUCAUCUGUUUUGCAUUACUGGUGAGUGUGCUGCUCAUCAAGGUCAAAAGUGGGUUCCUAAGCAAGUAUCUCAGCAGGUCAAUUCAUUGGUCUCUAUUCCUAAGAAGGUGCAGAGUGAUAAGGUGGAAUCUCCAAAGAAAGUGCAGGAUCAAUUAGUGUUAAGUGGAAAGGGUAAGGAAGUAGUGAUAUAUAAUGCAGAUCCACAGUUAAAUGCUAUGAUUCCAGAGUUUACUCCAAAAGUGGAUACUCCUAUUCCUCUAAACUUAGAGAGAUCUUUCCAAGCUGUGGCCACUUCUCCAAAACUGCCUACUGAGGAUGAGUUUCAGCGGGUGGUGAAUGGGGCUAAGCCUCGUGUUUGGUCUCCUCAGCAGAGCCCAAAGCUUCAGAUUUCUACUUCCGCGUUCAGUGUGCUCAGUAAAUUGGAUGAAACAAGCACUAUUAAAGUACAAGAGGCUCCAAGAAAGAAAGAAGGUAAGAAAGAGGUUCAGAAGGGUGGGGGAAACCCUCUUCUUCCAAAUGAUUGUUUUGUUCUGGAAUGUGAGGGGGUUUAAUAAAACCUCUAAACAAAAGGACUUGAUGCAAGUCCUUCGAAGAAAUAGGGUAGAUGUUGUAGCUGUGUUGGAAACUAGAAUACAAAAAGAUAAGGCUGAAGAAACAGUGGAAGAAGUGUUUCAUGGUUGGGAGAAGGGUCUGAAUUUCGUUGAUUCUAAUCUAGGGCGUAUUUGGUUAUUUUGGGAUCCUGCUAUUAAACUUAGAGUACUCAAGCCAGGCAAGAAUUAUAUCCAUUGUUUGGUUGAAGACUUACAUAGAAGUAGUUUCUUUCUGACAGCCGUCUAUGCAGCGAAUGAUGAGGCAGAACGAAGAGAAACUUAUAGAGAUAUUGCAAAGUUGAAAGUAGAUGAUUAUCCAUGGGUUGUGGGGGUGACUUUAAUACAGUGCGUGUUCCAAGUGAAACAUCAAAUCUUAAGUGUUCAACUCAAAGUAUGAUAGAUUUUAAUGACUGGAUAGGGGCAAUGGAACUGCUGGAUUAUAGAACGACAGGGCCACAGUUUACUUGGACCAAUAGGCAACAAAAUAAUCCUAUUGCCAAGAAGCUAGAUAGAGCUCUAGUCAACAUCAAAUGGAUAGAAUCAUUCAAGGACUGUGCAAUGGAGGUUUUCCCAGUAGGGUUUACUGAUCACUGUGGAGUUCAAGUCAGUACUGCAGCUCCAGUUAAAUCUUUUCCGAAACCAUUCAAGUACUUUGAAUUUUGCGCUGAGCAUCCAUUAUUUUUGGAAGUGGUUGAAACGGCUUGGAGGAUAUAAAUGGAGGGUACUCCUCUGCAGAUAGUACAGGGCAAACUACGAGAAGUUAAAAAAGCUUUGAAAAGGUUAAAUAAAGAAGUCUAUGGGGAGUUGCAUAAACAGGUUGUGGAUGCCGAAGAGGAGUUCAAAAGGGCACAAGUGCAAGCUUUAUCUGAUCCUACUGCAUCGCAUUUUGAAGCAGUUAAGGUGAAUAAGCAACAAUUAGAUCAGCUAACUUUGGCAUAUGAAAGUUUUUGUUGGCAAAAUUCCAGAAUUUCAUUGUUGACAGUGGGAGAUAAGAGUUCUGCAUUUUUUCAUCAAGCUGUGAAGAUCAGAAACUCUAAAAGGGGAAUUAGAAAGAUAAUUACAGAGUCAGGGGAUGAGUUGACACAAUCAGAUCAGAUAAUAGAGGAAGCUAUCUCAUACUACAAAAAGUUAUUGGGUGAAGUAAAUCAGGAUAUCAAGCUAGUAAAGGAAGAUGUGGAGGAAUUAGUGCAACGUAAGCUGUCAGGGGCGGAUUGUUUGUUUUUGUACCGCUCUAUUACAACUGAAGAAGUAAGGGAAGCUGUGUUUGCUAUGAGUCCCCAAAAAGCUCCGGGGCCUGAUGGCUUUUCUACGGGGUUCUACAGGCGAACUUGGCACAUUAUUGGAGCUGACAUAAUAAAGGGAGUCCUGGAUUUCUUCCACACAGGUACUAUGCCUAGUGGUGUGAAUUCCACUGCUGUCUCAUUGCUUCCUAAGGUACAAAAUGCUGAUACUUUGAAGAAUUUUAGGCCAAUAUCUUGUGUGAAUAUACUGUAUAAGAUAGUAGCUAAAAUAUUAGCCAAGAUAAUAAGAGAAGUGUUGCCUAAGGUCAUUAGUGGAACUCAGUCUGCAUUCAUUAAAGGGAGAAACAUAAUGGAUAACAUUCUUUUGGCUCAAGAGCUGGUUAGUGGGUAUCAUAGGAAAGCUUUAUCCUCACGAUGUUCUAUUAUGGUUGAUAUUACGAAAUCGUUUGACUCGGUAAAUUAGACCUAUCUAUUUCUUAUGAUGAGUUCAAUGGGUUUUCCUGACCAGUUUAUGAAGUGGAUAAUGAGUUGUAUUCAAACAGCACAUUACAGUUUAAUGUGGAUGGCAGUCUAUGUGGCUUCUUUAGAGCAAGAAAGGGGGUCAGGCAGGGUGACCCACUGUCGCCUUACCUUUUCACUAUAGCCAUGGAGGGGCUUUCAACACUGUUAAUGAAAGCAGGACAAACAG